CAGGCGCAGAGGGUGCGAUCCUACGGACCUCAAGCUCCUAGGAGGCACAGAGGUAGGGCUGUCGCCAUCUGACCCUAACCUCGUCCGGUUGCUUCCGCUGGCCCGGGUCCAGCCUCGGUGGCUAGAGCGUCGCGGGACGUUGGGCGCGCGCUGCGGACCGCCCCAGAGCCCGCCGCUCGCGCCUGACGCCUCAAGGUGAGGCAAAGUCAUGGGAUUCCCCACCCGUCUCCGAACCUCCAUGGUUUCUGAAGACAUGAAGUAGCAGAGCCUUGGGUAGAGUAUGUGUGUUUGGACUGUAAAAUGGAUUCUUAAGCCCAAAUCAACAUCUUAACUGUCCCAUGAUUGUAUGCUAUUAAAUACGCCUUUGGGGGGGGGGGUACCUGCUCUUUAAAAAGUCAAGUAGAAACGAAAUGAAAGAUUAUCAUUACUAUACAGUGAAGUAUGUGGUAGGUGAAACAGUAGUUUCCUAGAAAUGGUGAAGUGGAAGCUUUGGAUAACACCUGAAGGAAUAAAGAACUGAUGAAGUAGAGAUGGUACCUGUAGGUAACUGAGGAGAUUUGUGGAGGAGUGUUGGAGCUGAAAGGGCAGUGUGGUGUUAACAUGAUCUUAGAUGGGAGACUUGAGCAGCCUAAAGCCAAUGGGAGAGAGUGAAGGCUUUCCAGUACAGUAGAGAGGAGUACUGUCUCAGAAUAGUAGGACAGUCAGGUCCAUCCAGACAGAGGAUAUUUAGUGUUGGCAUAGAAACAGCACCUUUCUAUAAGAGAAUCACUUAUAAGAGGCAGAGAGGAGGAAGUAGGGCUUGCAAUUGCAGGUAACUUUUUAUGUUAUUACUAGAAUGAAGUUGAAGGGAUUUUUUUUUUUUUUUGGUGGCUUCAGAUCUCACUAUUUGGAAGGAAAAUAAAUCUGAAAGCAAGAGGAAAGAGUAGGGAAUUGGAGGCUUGAGUAGCGUUCAAGAGACCUAAAACAGCAUCAUGAGAAACAUGAACAAUUCACUAUAGUGCGUAAUGAAACUUGACGCCAUAAACUCCUGCUGCCAUGACCUAGGACAAGUGGAAAUUUCUUCCAGACCCUGUGACCUGAAGCAGUUAUGACCCUAAGGGACAUUCUUGUUAGCCAAGAGAUAGGCAACUCAAGGUAACUCAAGCUGACAAAGCAGCUUUUAGGGGCAACUUGGGGUCAUAUUUCAGGCCCUUCAUGGUACCAUGCUAUGUUGAGCUUAUAACCUUGUAUCAUCAGAGCUUUCCCACUAAGACGGAGAAUAGAGAAUGUAUUGCCCCAAUCACAGAGCUCACUGAUGAGUCUGAUACUAAUACUCUUAGCCUGUGGCUGGAAAUCCGGAAAGGCCGGAAAGGUUACCUUGUGAAGCGUCUCUCUUUUUGUCCCCUAUACCUAGCACUUGUCUCUGCAUCGAAAUGGCUAAAGUCUACAGGGUUGAGACAUCCUUCUGAUAUGCUCAGAGCUAUACUUCUUCCCCGGCUGCUGUGACAACUUAGUGGCCCCACUAUGUCCAGGCUCCAGACCGAGGAGCAGGCAGUGGAUUCCGAGGGAGAUUCAUCCCUACACAGGAGAAAUGAGGAGGGGACGCAGAGCUCCCACCGCAUGCUGGGCUUCAGUGAUGCACUGCUAUCCAUCAUCGCCACUGUCAUGAUCCUGCCUGUGACCCACACAGAGAUCUCACCAGAACAGCAGUUUGACAAAAGUAUACAGAAACUCCUAGCAACUAGGAUUGCAGUCUACCUCAUGACAUUUCUAAUCAUAACUGUGGCCUGGACAGCACAUACCAGGUUGUUCCAGGUUGUUGGAAAAAUAGAUGAUACACUUGCCUUGCUCAACCUGGCCUGUAUGAUGACUAUCACCCUCCUACCCUACACAUUUUCGCUAAUGGUAACAUUCCCUGAUGUGCCCCUGGGCAUCUUCCUGUUCUGCAUGUGUGUAAUUGCCAUUGGAUCUGUGCAGGCAAUGAUUGUGGGCUAUGCCUUCCACUUCCCACAUCUGCUGAAUCCACAAAUCCAGUGCUCUACACAUAGGGAUCUAUCCCGGCGGCAUAUCCUGCACCUAGUCCUCCGUGGCCCAGCACUGUGUUUUGUUGCAGCUGUCUUUUCCCUCUUCUUCUUCCCCUUGUCAUACCUGCUGAUGGUGACUGUCAUCUUCCUCCCUCACAUCAGCAAGGCUACCACCUGGUGCAAAGACAAGUUUAUGGGCCACAGGGAGUCUCCAGCUCACAACGUGGAACCCUUCAGUAUCGACCUGCAUGCACCCCUCAGCAAAGAGCGGGUGGAAGCUUUCAGCGACGGCGUCUAUGCCAUCGUGGCCACACUCCUCAUCCUGGACAUCUGUGAGGACAAUGUUCCGGAUCCCAAGGAUGUGCAAGCGAAAUUCAGUGGCAGCCUUGUGGCUGCCCUGGGUGCAUAUAGGCCACAAUUCUUGGCAUACUUCGGCUCCUUCGCCACAGUGGGUCUGCUCUGGUUUGCCCACCAUUCACUCUUUCUGCAUGUCCGGAAGGCUACACAGACCAUGGGGUUACUCAACAUACUAUCGCUGGCCUUUGUGGGUGGCCUCCCUCUGGCCUACCAGCAGACCUCAGCUUUUGCCCGGCAACCCCAUGAUGAACUUGAGCGUGUGCGUGUCAGCUGUGUCAUCAUCUUCUUUGCCAGCAUCUUCCAGUUUGCCAUCUGGACCACAGCCCUGCUGCAUCAGACAGAAACACUGCAGCCAGCUGUACAAUUUGGUGGGCAGGAGCAUGCUUUCAUGUUUGCCAAGCUUGCACUGUAUCCCUGUGCCAGCCUGCUGGCCUUUGCUGCCACCUGCCUACUGAGUAGGUUCAGCACAGCCAUCUUCCACCUCAUGCAGAUUUCGGUGCCCUUUGCGUUCCUGCUGCUCCGUCUCCUUGUACGCCUUGCCCUGGCAGGCCUUCAAGUCCUACGGGGCCUCUGGCCACAGCAUCCCCAACAAGACCAGAGUGAACCCGAGACACAGUCCCAGCUCUUGCCUGCCCCCUGCUAAUGGCAAGAAAGCCACUCAUGCCUAUCCUAGGCAUAUUGUAAGGGGUCCUAUGGAGAUGUCUUAGUACAAGUUUAUUGUGACACUGGGGGCUGUGGAUAUAUUGGCCUAGAUAUUGUUUACAUUGUGAAAUAUCAAGAUCUAUUUCAAGAGUAUGAACAUUGUUCACACUUUGCAGUGAAGGGUUUCAUCGGAACUGAAUUUAUUGUUUUUACCCAUUUACUUUCCUCCCUUGCCCACAACAUUGCCAGGGGAAUUUACCUGUCUGAUUAACCUGAACAAGCCACUUUGAGCUGUCACAGAGAUCUUGUUUGAGGCAGCAGCAUCCAGCCAGGACCAAAGGUCUAUCCCUAUGCCUUGCUCUGACCUGCAUGUGGCCACACAGGCUGUCCUUCUCCUUGGAACGUUCUAGCAAUUGAGUCUAGGCUAACUCAGCCUGAGAAGCUCUUGUCUGGCUCGCGUCCUCAAAAGUAUAGCGCUUUCCUGGUGGAACUGCCAGCCUAUUUGCCCAUUCCUGUACCAGUUGUUAGACAAAGACAAGAGUCAGCUAUGGGACAGCAAAACCCACACCGUGUAUUUGGCCCAGAUAUAACUUAGAUCACAUUCAGGUAGUGAUAAAUUACACACAAAGACAGGACCAGUGCACAGGACACACUCCACAUAAAGACAGUCUCACUUAAAUACAGAGGACAUGCUACGCUGACCGUAAUUUACAAAUAAUUCCUACAUAUUGAAAUAAAAAUGAAAAAUUACAUUACAAAGAA